AUGACGAGAAAAGAUAACGGAACCAAUUAAGAAGCGCCGUGUUACCUGCGGACUAGUGUAGUUGACACACGCUCAAAGUCUGAAACUGGCUUCGAAGUGUAUAAUUGGUUUCAUACGGCUUUUGGUGCUGUCUUUGUAGCAGGUUUAUCUACUUAAACAUCAAAGCAGAUUAAAGUAUGGCGACAGGUAGAUUAAUGAGAGCCAUCAGAGUGUCAGAGUUUGGAGGACCGUCUGUUCUCAAGUUGCAGUCACACAUACCAAUACGAGACCCAGCAGCCAAUGAGGUAUUAGUUCGAGUGUAUGCCUGUGGAGUGAACCCAGUUGAAACAUACAUCCGGUCAGGAACCUAUGCAAGAAAGCCAGCUCUGCCCUAUACACCUGGUACAGAUGUGGCUGGAGUCAUUGAAGCUGUUGGAGAUCAUGUAAAAAUAUUCAAGUCAGGUGAUCGAGUCUUUACUACUGGCACAAUUACGGGUGGCUAUGCUGAUUACACAGUUGCUUCUCAGGAAUCUGUUCAUCCACUACCUGAUAAUUUGAGCUACAAGCAAGGAUGUGCCAUUGGGAUCCCAUAUUUCACUGCAUAUCGGGGUCUAGUCCAUAAAGCACAUACUAAGGCAGGAGAGAGAGUGCUUAUUCAUGGUGCAAGCGGUGGGGUUGGUGUGGCAGCUUGUCAAAUAGCACGAGUCCUUGGAAUGAAAGUUUUUGGCACAGCAGGAACUCAAGAAGGCAUGGACCUAGCAGUAAAAAAUGGUGCUCACAAGGUCUUUAACCACAGUGAAAAUGGUUACACUGAGAAAAUAAAGGAAGCUACUAGUGGGGAAGGUGUGGAUGUGAUUAUCGAAAUGCUUUCUAAUAAGAAUCUGAAUGCUGAUUUACAACUCUUGAGACAAGGAGGAAGAGUAAUUAUUGUAGGAUGUAGAGGACCAGUAGAAAUUAACCCAAGAGAUACCAUGGCCAAGGAAAGCAGCAUCAUUGGUGUUUCUCUUUUCAAUGCAACAAAUAAUGACAGAGCUGAGUGUGCAGCCUUCUUGUUUACAGGAAUGGAAGCUGGCUGGUUAACCCCAGUGACUGGUCCUGAAUAUCCACUGGAAAAGGCUGCCCAAGCACAUGAAGAUAUUAUCAACACCCCUGGGGCAACAGGAAAGAUGGUGCUGAUAAUGUGAUUCAGAUUUUUUUUUUUUUUGCAGUGCAGAUGGUUUAAAACAAAUAAAAACCUCAAUUAUCUGAGCAAAA